AGGGGGCAGCAGCUGAAGCUGCGCCAGGCAAAGCAGCCCCUUGGGCUGGCAGGGCUUCAGGAGCUGAGGCAGCUACUCCCAGCUCUCCUGCCUCACCUGCCCCAGUGCUUUGGGACAGGCCUUUGGCCUGUGGGCCCUGCAGCAGCAGGGUGGGGCUGCAGUGCCAGGGCGGUGUUGGCCAUGCAGCCGUCCAUGGCUUCCCAGCACAGCCUUGUGUUCCACACAGGCCGGAAGGAUGUGCAGUCUGUCUUGCAGCCUUCUGGAGCUGCUGAGGGAUGCAGAUGGAGAGGUGGUCAGCAUGAGGCUCCGUGUGCUCACGAAUGUGCUCCCGCACCACAGCAUCCUGCUAUCCAGCAACAGUGCCCCAAAGCUGGCUGAGGUGCUCCUGCUGCUCUUUGACCACAAAAACAGCCACGUGCAGUUGCUCUGCAUUCAGCUCUUCUGUAAGCUGAUGGAAUUGGUAGCGGAUGAGGGGAAAAAGCCCCUGAAGACAAUUGUGAACAAGAGCCUGUACGCACUUUUAAUCUACUGCCAUGAUGACAACUGGCACGUGGCAAAGGCCUCUCGGGAAACGCUGCAUUGUGCGGCCAAGUUCCUGACGAGGAGAGAUCUCGAACAGCUGGUGGAGAAGGAGCAGCUGUCAAAGUUUGUCAAGUGCCUGCUGGCAGAGGACAGGAGCCGAGCGGCCGAGCACCUGCGCCGGGCCCUGCCCUACCUGGAGAGCCCAGAGGAGCCCCUGCGAGCGGCGGCCCUCAGCUUCAUGGGGAUGGACGAGUUUCCCAUGAUGAGGGGGCAGCAGGAAGAGCUCCACGGCCUCAGUCAGGGCGCUCCAGGCAGAGCUGACGCUGGGCACAAUUCUUGUGGCUUCAGCCCUCUCCCUGCCUCUACAUAGCUCCCUCCCUCUAGAUAGCUCCCUCCCUCCAGCCCUCAGACACUCUCCAUCCCCAUUUUUUCCCUCCACUCUUCCUGUCUUUUGACCGCUCCACUCCUCUAGCCCUCAGACCCUGCCCAUUCCCUUUUUUUACCUCCCAGCUCAUCCCUUUGUUUCAUCUUCCAUUAAUAAAGAGUUUGGCUUUUUCA